GUUGACUUCUUGAGUUAUUGAUUAAUAUUUUACGUUUCCAAAGAAAAUGGAGCAGGUUGAUUAAGCACUCAUUAUUCAGGAAAGGACAAUAAUUAAUUAAUUUAUAAUGAAGAUUUCAAUAAGUCUAUAGUAGUAGAGGAGAUUUAGAAUACGAGAAUUACAACUCAAGGUUAGCCUUAGCUUAACAGAAAUGCUAAUAUUAUUGGACAUAUGAA